UCUCACGCUUCAGGGAAGGCAAAAACGGUCGUGCCAGCUCUCCCUCUGUUUCAACAGGCUCCAGCGCACGUUACCGCCGUACGCACCCCAGCGCAAGUUAGCAUUUCCGGCGCGCCACCGAUCAGCUCUUCCAUUGAAGCCGAGACAAGGAAAAGUAUACAUGGGCAGUCUCGGUUUAAAAUCCGGCGGUGGUGCGCACGGCAUAUCAUUGUCCACCGCCUUCGUUGGCGGUCCCGACAUCCGUACGCACCCGGCGCAGGUUAGCACGCUGGGGCGCGGGAGCACUGUUUCAGCGAGCUCUCGCGGGAUUUCCAUGGAAAAUGCAUCUUCUUCGUCGGGAAGGCAUUCCUUUGCUUCCCCUCUAACGUCUCUGUGGUUCCGCAGCGAGAAGGGAAAUGACGAAACUGCCCUUGAAGACUCUGUUGUUGCUGAUGGAGGGGGAGAUGAGGGAGAAGAAGAGGGGAUUGAAGGAGGAGGAGAAGAAGAAGAGUUUCUGCUGCCAAAGCGGCGGCGGAGCGGGAAUUGGGUGCUGAAGAUUCUGCGGAUUGGAUCUCUUUGGGCGGCGGAGAAAGCGAGAAAAUCGAAUACUGUCGAGGAGAGGAAAGACAACGAGGCAACGAGUGAUCGGAGCUGUUGUGAUUGCUGCUGUUGUUGCGGUGAGGAGGGAUCGGAUGUUUGUGGAGUUGGGUAUGGAGAGGAGGAGGUGGAGGGGUUUGAAAGGGAGUCAUUUUCAAAAAUGCUGCGGCGGGUGUCGCUGGCGGAGGCGAGGGCGUAUGCGCAAAUGUCAUAUCUUGGGAAUCUUGCGUAUCGGAUACCGAAAAUUAAGCCAGGGAAUCUCCUGAAAUACCAUGGAUUGCAUUUUGUCACAUCUUCUUUGGAGAAGAAAGCUCAAUCUGCGAAUGCUGAGAUGGGGCAGACGCUUUCACCGGAGAAAAAACCGCAGUCCAUCCAUGACCAGAAGGAGCAGAUAUCUAAUCAAGUUCAAGAGCUGGAAAAGGAGGUGAAGGAAGUUGACGAAACUCGGGAAGUUGAUCGGCAGAGAAAGAUUGGGCACCGUAUAAGUGCAUUAGCUGCUUUUCAGAUUGCCGCUACUGCCGCUUCGUAUCUGCAUUCUCGGACAAGGAGCAUUCUUCCCUUCAGAUCCACGAGAGCAGAGACAACAGAGAAUUUUCAAGAAAGAACAGAUGAUUCAAACCAAAAGAUGAAGGUAAUGAGCUCGGAAGUGGCUUCUUUUGUGGUGACGACGAAUUCAGUGACUGCAGUGGUCGCAGGGAAGGAGGAAAUGAAGCAAGCUGUCGCCAAGGACUUGAGUUCAGCGAAGUCAUCGCCUUGCGAGUGGUUUAUAUGUGACGAUGGGAACAGCACGACGAGAUUCUUUGUGAUUCAGGGUUCAGAAUCACUGGCUUCUUGGCAAGCAAAUCUCCUCUUUGAGCCUAUUCAGUUUGAGGGACUAAAUGUGCUUGUGCACAGAGGGAUCUAUGAGGCUGCCAAAGGGAUCUAUGAACAGAUGUUGCCAGAAGUCCGGGCCCACCUAAGAUCCCAUGGUGAUUGCGCCACCCUACGUUUCACCGGCCACUCUCUCGGGGGAAGCCUGUCAUUGCUCGUAAAUCUCAUGUUGCUGAUACGAGGCGAAGCACCACCCUCUUCUUUACUCCCUGUUGUAACAUUUGGAUCGCCAUCCAUCAUGUGUGGAGGUGAACAAUUGCUCCACGAAUUGGGCCUACCUCGGAGCCAUGUUCAAGCCAUAACAAUGCAUCGAGACAUUGUGCCCCGAGCCUUCUCUUGCAGCUACCCUGAUCACGUAGCUGAUCUUCUCAAAGCCGUCAAUGGGAAUUUCCGUAAUCAUCCGUGCCUCCAAAAUCAGAAAUUGUUGUAUGCUCCGAUGGGAGAGCUUCUCAUCUUACAGCCAGAUGAGAAAUUCUCUCCCCACCACCACCUCCUCCCUGCCGGCAGCGGUCUUUACCGUUUGAGCUGCCCUGUAUCAGAUUCUGGUGACUCGGCAAGGCAACUCCAGGUUGCACGGGCCGUGUUCUUCAACUCUCCCCACCCACUUGAGAUUCUCAGCGACCCAUCUGCGUAUGGCUCUGAUGGGGCCAUUUACCGAGACCACGACAUGAACUCCUACUUGCAGUCUGUACGUUGUGUGAUCCAUCAAGAGCUCAAGCACAUCAGAAAGGCUAAGAGAGAAAGCCGCCGGCAAGCGUGGUGGCCACUUGUGGGUCCCCCGCAGGGGUUCCAUGCCAGUAUCGUCAUCGGUCUGCCAGUCGAAUUGGGCGACAUGGGUCAGCAGCAGCUUAGCUUUUCCAGCUUCUUUCACAGUAGGCAGGAAUCAUGGAAGUGGUUCAGUAGGCUAGUUGCAUCGCAGCCUGUCCGCAUUCUCAUUGUUCUCAUCUUCCCCGUGCGGCUGUUACUCCAAGGGACGUUUGCUGCCAUCGGUUUCCACUGAAUACAGCCGGCUGGCUGGUUCUUGAA